AUGAGAGAGUCGCGCCUUACCUACCGUCUAGCUGUCCCUUACUCCUUUCCGUCCCUCUCCCUCUCACCCCGCCGUCAUGCUCUCUCCCACCCCACCAUCGCGUCUCUCUCCCUCCUAGCCACCGUCGCCGCUCCCUCCCAUCCCGCCAUCGCCCCUCCCUCCUUUCCAGCCGCCGUCGCUGCUCCCUCCCAUCCCGCCGCCGCCUCUCCCUCCUCCCUCCGCCGCCUCUCCCUCCUCCCGCCGCUGCCUCUCCCUCCUCCCGCCGUCGCCCCUCCCUCCUCCCCGCCGUCGCCUCUCCCUCCUCCCCGCCGUCGCCUCUCCCUCCUCUCCGCCGUCGCCUCUCCCUCCUCUCCGCCGUCCCCUCUCCCUCCUCUCUGCCGUCGCCUCUCCCUCCUCUCCGCCGUCGCCUCUCCCUCCUCCCCGCCGUCGCCUCUCCUUCUCUCCCUGCCGUCGCCUCUCCUUCCCGUCGCCUCUCCUUCCCUCCCUGCCGUCGCCUCUCCUUCCCUCCCCGCCGUCGCCUCUCCUUCCCUCCCCGCCGUCGCCUCUCCUUCCCUCCCCGCCGUCGCCUCUCCUUCCCUCCCCGCCGUCGCCUCUCCUUCCCUCCCCGCCGUCGCCUCUCCUUCCCUCCCCGCCGUCGCCUCUCCUUCCCUCCCCGCCAUCGCCUCCGGCGACGGGUGCACGAGCGCAAGCGCGGGUUGGUGCGCGGAGCGCGGGUAG